UUUCAUUCACCUGACUGCUUCUUUUUCCGAUACAUAAUACGGCCCAUCAAUCAUGCUUUGCAUGCUUGAAUGUACAGACAGACAGCAGAUCACCGUUAACACCGACUCACAAACGAUACAUCGACACAAACACAAAUAGAUUCACCACAAGUUUGCGCUGGAAAAGGCUCUCGACAGCCGACUCUAAUCGACGAUUCUCUUUCCCAGACAGUCGACACAGCCUUUGGAAAUUUUAUGGUCGUAAAAUCUACAGCGGCAAAAAAUAUGUCUCAUGACACUCGUCGUGACCAACGAAUUUCAAGGGAUGAUCAGCUAGCUUCGGUAUCAGGUGUCUCAGAGAUUACUAUCGCGGAGUCUAGCACCAGGGGCCGUCUUUCGUCGUGCGAUACAAAUCCUGCGAGUAUAGGUAGUCGCUCGCGAAAUUAUGAGGUCAAGCAUGAGCCUGUAAAUCUAUCGCGGCGAGUAAUGAGACGGGUCGAGCAUGCGAUAUUGAACAUCUCUCCAGCAUUCUUUUCUUUUAAUAUGGGCACAGGCAUCACAUCAAUUCUUCUGUAUAAUUUACCUUUCAACGGUGGCUGGUUACGUCGCCUCGGAGUGGUAGUGUUUAUUUUCAAUGUCGUCCUCUUCAUUCUUUUUGCUGUUGCCAGUGUUGUGAGAAUAUUAAGAUGGAAGGGAAUCUUCUCGGCAACGCUGAAGAACCAUUUAUCGGGGCUGUACUGGGGAACGUUACCAAUGGGCUUCAUCACAAUAGUGAAUAUGAUUGCAUUCACAUGUGUACAAAAUGGGAAGAUGGGCUGGGCCAGGACAGCGAUAGGACUAUGGUGGGUAGAUGUAAUACUUUCAGUCAUCAUCAAUCUCGGGAUGGUCUACGUUAUGAUCACCCGCCAAAAUCAUACUACCGAGGCUAUGUCAGCCGCUUGGUUGCUGCCUAUCGUCACGUGCGUUGUCGCUUCCUCUUCAGGCGGCGUGGUCUCGUCGGCUAUCAUGUCGUAUAGCCCUCAGCUCGCCAGAUCUAUCAUCAUUGUAUCCUACAUCGUCUGGGGUAUUGGUGUUCCUUUUGCCCUUUUUGUCAUCUGUAACUACCUCCAUCGCAGCUUUUUGUAUGGUGCUCCCCCCGUUGCAGCGUUGACGAGCACUUAUCUUCCUCUGGGUCCCUGUGGACAAGGAAGCUUUGGUAUUAUGGCUUUAGGCAAAGCCGUUCGCGAACUGGCGUACAACCACGGGAUAGGUUUCGCCGUAAUUCCUGAUGGUGUGGCAGAUGCUGUUUUGAGGAGAAAUAUCAUUUUGCAAAUGGCCGACGCCGUCUACACAGGAAGUUUAGUUACAGGCCUUAUAUUAUGGGGUUUGUCGUUUUGCUGGUAUGUUCUAGCUACGACAGUGUUGCUAGACCAUUGGUGGAAUACGAACAGAGCAUACUUCGGCAGAGAGUCAUUUAGUGUAGGGUUUACCGCCCUGAUUUUUCCAAUUGGCGUCUGGGCUACGGCCACAACAACGUUAGCAACUGAAUUCGAUUCAUUGGUCUUCAAAAUCCUUGGUACAAUAAUAUCACUUCAAGUCAUCUUCAACUGGAUCUACGUCAUGCUCUUGACAAUUUACAAAGUGUGUGACGGUACAUUAUUCAUAGCGCCUGAGUUGGAUAUUUUCCCCGAAAGGAAUCCGCCGUUAAGAUGGGUGAGGCAUGCUUCAGCUACGGCGAAGACUUGCAGAAAGGAGGAUAUUGAGCUUUCCUUCACUUCCACAGAGGAAAGACGUGUUGGAUUGGGGGACUCUUAUGGGGAAAAUGACUAGCAUCGAUUGGGUGCGGUGAGUGAUACGUAACGUUGAGCCAACUAUGAUCAAAAUUGAAUAUAAACAUGACAAUUAAUGUAAGCAAUAAUAGAUGACAUAACCAUAUGGAAAAAUCGACAGGAUCAUCAGCAUUAUCUACUUCCACGUUAGAAAUGUUUACUACGUACUAUUUCUUCUUUUCGAAUACUCUCCAGUGGAACCCGGCGAUAGUAUUAUGGGAAUAAUAUGUAGUAGUUAUGUGAAAUUUGUCAACGAUGAGAGAUGAACUGUAGCGCUAUAACAAAAUGGGGGUGACUCACACUAUGGUUAUUAUCUAAAACCAUCAAAGUGACAGUCU